GUUUCAGUCCCUUCAUCCGAGGCUCACAGGAUCACUGAUAAGCAAAUGAAAGGAGUGCAUUUUCAUCUUUGCCAAGAAGAAGGUGUUGUAGCUAAAGAAAUACACGGAAACGAAUUCUAAAAAAAAAUGGCUGUGAACUUGUUGCAGUCGUUGGGAUUUAUUACAGCGAUAGUGGGGUUUUCAAUGAUUAUUAUAGCUACGGCAAUGGAUGACUGGCAGGUAGAAGAUCGCUAUUCCAAACUGGUGACUUCAGUGUAUACCUAUCAGGGCCUUUGGUACAGCUGCGUAGGACAAAUGUCAGGCAUUACACAAUGUCGCCCAUUCUACACCAUUCUACAGUUACCUGCACUCGUGCAGGCAUGCAGAGCAUUGAUGAUUGUAGGCAUCGUGCUGGCCACCAUUGGUAUAUUAGUGUCUAUUUUUGCUCUGAAGUGCAUCAAAAUAGGAAACAUGGAAGACAAAGCAAAAGCAAACCUCACUCUGACAUCAGGAAUCAUGUUUGCCGUGGCAGGUGUCUGUGCCAUUGCUGGUGUCUCAGUAUAUGCUAACUCCAUUGUGAACAACUUUGUCAUUCAGUCUGUGAGCAUCAACAUGGGUUCUCUCCAAACCCGAUACACUUUUGGCCCCGCCCUCUUUGUGGGAUGGGUAGGAGGAGGACUGCUCCUUGUCGGGGGCAUCAUGAUGUGCGUCGCCUGCAAAGCAAUGAUGCCUGAAAAGACAAGGCAAGUUUAUUUGGAAAUGUUGAGAAAUUUUGCAAAGUUGACUUCCUGAAACACAUUCCUCCUG